UGAUACACACUUCCACAUAAUUUCAUAUGGCAAUGAUACAUGCAGGGAGCUCUCUCCCUGACCACGUGCAAACAUUGCAUUGCAAAGGCAUAUAUAAACACGUCACAGAUCAAGCUAUCUUCACAGCGUAACUUUGCAAGGUCAAUCAUGAUAUCAGAUUCAGAUGAGGAAUAAUAAGACAUGUUUUAUGUUGUUUAUUACUGGUCUCUGUUUAUCAGGAUGACCCAAAAUGUGCCAUAAUCCGGCUUGGAAUGCUCAGCCCGACAGUAUGAAGACCAUCAGGCGUUCCGAGCUACAUCGCUAUUACAAAUACUGUAUUUUCACUUUUUCAGAUUAUUAUCAAACGGUUAAACGAAACCGCCCGUAUACUUUUAACGGUUAAACGUUUAGCACAAAAACCGUAAUGACUCAGGCUUAAUCACAAUAUUGCACUUGCUGCAGCCGAUCAUUUCACCAAUCUUGUGAAAGCGAUGUUCCCUGAUAGCAAUAUUGCUGCACGUUUUAGUUGUAGACGUACGAAGACGACGGCUAUUGCAAGAACCCUGGGUCAAGAAGCUAAAGCUGACCUGGUUGACAAGUUAAGAACAGAGCCAUUUUCAAUCUCAACGGAUGGCAGUAGUGACAGGGGUUGUGAGGAGCAACUUUAUCCCAUUAUCGUCAGAUACUAUGAUGCUGAUAUUGGUAGAGUUGUAAGCUGUCUCCUAGAAAUUGCAACAACCAAGGAGCGGUCAACAGGCAAAAACAUUUUUCUUCUCAUGGACGGUGUUUUAAAGGAGAACAAUAUCCCAUGGAAGAAUGUAAUUGCAUAUUCUGCUGACAACGCAGCUGUAAUGAUGGGAAGGCUAAGUGGUGUUGCAUUGUUUGUGAAAAAGGAAAAUGAAGACAUCUUCAUCUUGGGGUGCCCAUGUCACCUGUUGCACCUCUCUGCUGAAAAGGGAGUGAAUGUGCUACCAUUCUCGCCUGUUGAUAUCCUUACUCCAAUCUUCUACUACCUAGAAAAGUCGAGCAAGAGACAUAAAGCCUUCAAGGAAGUACAACAGAUGUGUGGAGCAGAAAACCAUGCAAUUCUGAAGCAUGUAUGUACCCGCUGGUUGUCCAUGGAAAGAGCUCUAGGAAGGCUUAUUGAGCAGUGGGUGCCUAUCAAAGAAUACUUCAGAUUGGAGGCAGAGUCUGAAGGAGCUAGUCCACCAAGAAAACAGAAGGCUAAGGUUACUACACAUGAUUCUGCAGACAGAGCAGGUCAAAGCUCACAGGAACAGGAGCUUCUUGGAGGUAAACGGAAGAAAGACAAUGAGGAUAGGAACCCAAAGAAGCAAAAGGUAUCACAAGAGAAGGCAGAUGGGCAGUCAAAAAGUGCUCCAAGUGCUGGACAGAGCUCCAUAAAGAAAAGGCCCAGUUCAGUUCUGCAAAGCAAGUGCAAAGUUGUUCACAAACAGAGUCAGAUAUUUUCUGGGUCCAAGAAGAGUCCUGCAGUUGCACCUGGAAUCCAGAAAGUUCCAUCAAGAGGAGAGAGUGCAUUUGCAAGUUCAGUUUGGAAAGAAAAAUCCAAGGUCUCUAAACUUACUCCAACUAGGAAGACUACACAAGGUCCUUUGAAUGCAAGCAGUGGAGGGAAUACUUCAAAGUCUGAGACCAAAAAGAGCAAUGCUUCCACAUCAGUAAGUGUACCACCAGCGGGGAAAGCAGCAGCAAUUCAUGCUCAGCUAACUGAUUGCAACAAACUAUACUGCAUGUUUUUGCUCUACUCAACACCUCUUUUUAACAAACUUAACCUCGAGUUGCAAGAAGAGGCCCCCCAAAUCAACCUCCUUCGCCAGAAAUUCCAGGAUUUUCUACGGGAUGUAUUGAUUAGGUUUGUCAAACCUGCAGCAGUUGUUGGUGCGUCUUCCCUACAGGAGUGUGCUUAUAAGGACAAAUCGAACCAGAAAGAUGACAAGGACCUUGUUGUGGGACAGAAUGUAAAAGAGCUUCUUGCAAACUCAAAGUUCUCUGACAACCAAAGGAAGGAAUUCUACGAAUCAGUCAGAAAGUACUUCGUUGCUGUAACAGACUAUGUGAUUGCAAAAUUCCCAUUAGAGGAUGAGGUGAUUUGCCAUGCACAAGUUACUAACCCAGGAAAAAGGUUAGAUGUCUCAUUCUCAUCUCUAUCUUUCUUCUGUCAUAAAUUCCAUAUGGAGGACAAACUGGACAUUGUUGAACUGGAGUUCCUGCCGUAUCAGGUUGAUCCACUCUUGAAUGUCUCCCUAGACAAGAGAGCAGAUGAAGUGUGGACAGAGAUCAGAACCUUGAAAGACCAUGUGACUGAUAAGUUGAAAUAUGACAACUUGGGAAAACUCAUGCAUGCAAUUCUAGCAUUACCGCACAGCAAUGCUGAUGAUGAGCGACUCUUCAGCAUUGUAAGAAAGAAUUCAACAGAGUUCAGGCCCAGUCUCAAGACAACAACAUUGUCAGAUAUUCUGACAAAAAAACUAAGAAAUCAAGCAAUGAAGGUCCCUAGCUAUGACAUGAAGUUUCCAGACAAACUAUUGGAAAAGUGUAAAAAAGCUGCCACCAGUUUUGUCUCUGGCUCUAGUGCAUGAACGAACAGAUUUGAUUUGACUGUAUAUUGGUAUCAUGGAUUAUAUUGAUGGCUGAAAGGACCUUUUCUUUGCAUCAUUAACACAAGAAACUUUUAAUUUAUCCAGCUUCCUUCCACAUGACAGAAGCUGGCAAGUUUUGAUUUUCCAUGUCAUAUGAUGAAUGUGUCUCUGCACUACACUGUACAUGUACAUGUAAUAAAUUCAUUCACACGAAACAA